AAAGAACGAUGAUUAACCUGGCCAGCAACCCAGAGGUGGGAUAUCUGACGCAACUGAGAUAAGCCCAUUACCAUGUAUUAGGUAUAAUUAGCAUUUGGACGCAAGCAAAGCUUUUAACCAGAGGAUUAAACCCUGGAAUGAACAGAAAUGCUGUCAGGGGCAAUUUGAUAAUACCUUGUCAGAGGAGGGGGCAGAGGAAGUGUGUGGAAGAACAUCUUGUUCCUCAACAGCCUUUGAAUUCACAGCCAUCAGCUCUCACCCGGGAGCUGCAUCCCAGUGCCUGCAGCAGCAGAAGGACUCUGGCAGCCCAGCAAGCACUGGGAGGAGGCAGCAUAGCACUUGCAGAGAUCUAAAGAAGUCGACUCAGUCUCGUCAGACAUUUGUCAAGCCAUCUGCUUGGUGUGGUACCAAAGGACUAUCCAAGUACCCAGCCAGAGGAAUCUGAGAGAGGCACGUGCCUGCCACACACAGCAGCCCAGCAAUGAGUGAGAACCCAACCACCAACCUCAACACUGGAGAUGCUCCAGCUGGUCCCACCACACCACGCAAGGGGCCUCCCAAGUUCAAGCAGAGACAGACAAGGCAGUUCAAGAGCAAGCCCCCUAAAAAAGGAGUAAAAGGGUUUGGAGAUGACAUCCCAGGCAUGGAGGGACUGGGCACAGAUAUCACAGUGAUUUGUCCAUGGGAAGCUUUCAGCCACCUGGAACUGCAUGAGCUGGCCCAGUUUGGGAUCAUCUAA